AUGGGAAGUGUAAACGCAAUAACAACUCACCUGAGGGCAGAGGGCCGUCAGUCUCGCCAUUCACUCACACCAAACAAGAGGAUUCCCGGAGGACUCGCACUUCUCAGCGCGUUUGUAAACAAAACAAAUACUGUUUGUGUGGAAAAGAUUGCAGCACCAAGAUGGGCCGUCGGUGUUUCUGAUGUUGAUGCUGGCGUGGUGGUGGUCCCCACCCACGGUCGGCCAAGCUGUCCUCCGGGGGGAUCUUAUUUCGACGAAUACACCAACAGAAAUGAGUGUUGUGAGGACCUUUGUAAGUAUGCUAAAGAUGAUAUCUCCAAACAGCUGUGUAAGCUCAAGUGUCCAGGUUAUGAUGCUGAAACAAAAUUUCGCGCAGUUGGGAACGGGAUGGUGAAGGAAGCAGGUUCGGAUCCUCAACUAGCACCACCACCACCGCCAAACCCAACACGUCCACCAGAAGAGCAUGAUGGCGACGAUGGUAGCGAGAUGGGUGCAAUCAUUGGCAUUGUGAUUGCUCUCAUUGCUGUUGCUGCUGUUUCUGGUGUCGUAGUGGCUUUGGUCCAUCGUCGACUGAGACGUACGAGAGGUAGCAACGAUGCCUCACCGACCAAGACGACCAAGCCGACCAACUCGCCCAUUUAUACAAAAGUUGCUAAAGUUGACAAUCCUACUAAAGUUGACAAUUCGUAGAUAGUGAGGCCGGAAGUAGGGAGCCGAACACGUGUGUGGAUUUCUUCGUCACUGGAGGAGGUCGUGAUCUUGAAAAAGAACAAAAACAAUGACAGGUGCCGAGGAGUACAGUGUUGUUAUAAAAAAUUGUUUGUUUGGUUCCUGUUCAGGCUUCACUAAUUAAGUCCCUGAGUUGCUUCCAGGAAUGGAGAGCAACUGCCAGAUGCUUGCAGCCUUUUCUGACAAGAUGUGGAUCCUGUGAUUAGAAUGUGAAAAUAACUUUCCAUGAAAAGGUUAUAGUGACAUUUGUAACACAUUAAACGUUUGUAUAUUUAUUAAACCCAUCAGACUUAUUGAUGAUGAGAGACCAAAUCUUUUCUUUCGAUGAAAUUUCAUUGUCCAGCUUUCGUCUGCACAAAUGUUGCUUUGUGACUAACCAAGCCCGUAUCCUCGAGAACUUUUUGUUUCAAAUUUCGCAAGCACCUGAAUAUCUUGUUUCUUUCUUUCGCAUUUUUCGCCAUUAAAAAAAGAAACAAGAAAAAUUCACGGGUGCUCGCUCAAAAAGCCGCUGUACCCUUGAAAUGUACCGUAAAGAUUUGAAAAUUUUUAUUUGCACUUUCAAUAAAAUUUAUAACUAAAAGCAAUGUCACAAAGAAUGACUUGUAGACAAGAGAUGUAAGACUAUAAAAGUAACAAAAUUUCAUCAGGAAAGGACCCCUCUGGUCAGAAAAAGGCUGCAAAUGUAUAAAGCACUUCCAGAAAAUUAAUCAUUAGUGACCAUAGCUAUAGAAAACAAUUCUUGUAAAAGUUUUUGCAGUUUUUGUUGUAGACUUUGUGUUAAACUCAAAAUAUAAUCAUGAACAUUUUGAAGUACAAAUUUCUAAACUAUUUUUUUCAUUCAAAGAGUCUUUCUGGACCAAUCUUGUAGCUUUGUUUAUUUUCAUUGACUAGUAUUGUAUCAUUUAUUUCAUCUUAGAUGUUUUUUUGUAUAUAUGCAUUCAUACUAUCUUCAGGGAUGAUUGAAUUUGUAUAAAAUUUGAUUUGAUUUGUGGUUUUUAUGAGGAAACCGGUUGGUUUCUUACACUUUUUGCAAAUAUUUCUGUACUUUACAUGAAACCUCCUUUCAGGAAAAACAGAGAUUACUGUUUAAUUAAAAAUAAUGUGGGAAAAAGAGAACUACCAAAACGAUUUGAUAAACAAAACAGGGUAUCUUACUUACACUGUGGCUUUAAUAAAGUUGUUGAUAUUUUAAACCAUUUUA